ACAGUGAGGUUUUGUUUACGUGUUUUCGCUUGCAGAGAUUUGUAUUAUUAGAGAAACAUGUCAUCCUGGAUAACAGGACUGGCGGACAAGGCCGAAAACAUUCUGAACAAGCUGGACCAGAAUGCGGCAACGGCCCUCCAGACGGACAGCCCCACCGGAGCAGCGGAUCCCAUGCGCAGGAGCAUGACCAGCAGCACCCAGUCCUUGUCCCUGAAGUCCACUCUGUCGCCAGCGAAGCGUUCGGUGGCCAAUAGCUCAUCCAGCGUAAAAAGCGAGGGCGGCGGCUCCGUGGUCACCAAGGAGAUGCGCCAGAAGAUGACCACGUCGGCGAGUUUCUCCCACAAUCCCGAGGUCGGUUCCGGCAGCUCCACAUUGUCCGACACCCACGAAUUGGCUGCCUUCAAGAUCGCCUUGAACGAGAUUACAGCCGAAAGGGAUGAACUGCGUCUGCGUUUGGAUGAGCUGAACAACGAGACCGAGAAGUUCGAUCUGCGUCAACACAGCCAGAUGCUGGAGGCCCUGGUCAAGACACUUUCCGAGGAGCGGGACAAGGCGGUCCACGACCACAAUGAGGCUCAGAGUGCCAACAUGGCGUAUGUGCACUCCAUCUCCGAACUGGAAACCAAUCUGGCCAAACUGCAGCAGGAAUACAUGAGCACUGCUCAAAAAUUGCAGAUGCAAACCAAGGAAACGGACCAGCAGCGCCAAGAACUACAGGAGUACCGCAUCAAGGCGCAGCGAGCUCUGCAGGCCAAGGAUUCCCUCAUCGCAGAGUUAAAGGCCAGGCCCUCGGAGGAGGGCGCCGAUCCCAACUUGGUAGCCAAGGACAGCGAGACCCGCUUCCUACAAAUCGAACACGAGACACUGAAGCAAGAACUAGAGCAUGCCAACGAGGAACUGCAAAAGGCUCGCCUGCAGCUGGAGGACUACCUCUCCCAGGAGAGACAACGGCAGCAGGAGCUGAGCCUAGCGCGCCAACGAGAGGAGACACUGGCCAAGGAGUUGCGACAGGCUCGCGAACACAGUGUGACCUCUGAGUCCGAUCAAAGAGUGUUAACCCAAGAGCUGGCCUCACUCCGUCAGCAACUCAGUAACCACAUGGCCGCCUCCGCCACCCGCCUCCAGGAGCGGGAGCAACAGCUGCAACAGAUGCGCCAAAGGCUCAGCGAGGAGGCCAAUACAGGAGCCAAAAACGAUUACGAGACUCGGCUUAAGGCUCUAACCCAAUCACUUGUCGAGCGGCAGACUCUUCUGGAAAGGGUUACUAGUGAGAGGAAUGCCCUCCGUUUGCAGCACGAGAAGGCGCAGACGCAGCUGCAGCAGAACAUGCACCUGGUUGAGAUGGAGAGCCAGAGGGGCAGUUCCCGCCAUGCUUUGCUCAACAGCACGGAUGAUGUCAAGGCACAAUUCCCGCUGCUCAUGCAUCCAAGUCCCUUCGACAAUCGGGUGGCACGUCGCUUCAAGCGAGCUCUUCGCCAAGCCGACUCCAUGGGCAUCCGGGUGGGCACCUUUCUGCGUCGCUAUCCCAUGAUGCGGGUCUCCGUGAUCGUCUACGUGGCCCUGCUUCAUCUGUGGGUCAUGUUCGUGCUGCUCUCCACCACACCAAACUAAUCGAAUCGCAUCGAAUCCAUAUAAUUGAGCAAUUGUUUUAUUUUUAAAUAGUGUAUGUAUUGUAUUUUACACGCCAAAAUUGGAUAUCUAGGAAUACUAGUAUGUGUGUGUCAUGUUUGUGGUUGCAACAGUUGUAUAUAUCGUUAGUAUACUUGUGUCUGAAUUCGCACUCGUUCUAAAUUCAAUAUUCAAUAAACAUCAACUAUUUACAGAAA